AUGUAUAAUGGCAUUGGUUUAACCACACCUCGUGGUUCUGGCACCAAUGGUCAUGUCCAGCGUAAUUGGGCAUUCGUGCGACCCGGUAAGAAGGACAAUUCCAAUUAUCGUUCCGAAGAGGAUAUCAAGAAAUUGGAUGCAACAUUAAAUCGACCACCAAAUAAGGAGAUCCUGGAUCAUGACCGUAAACGCAAAAUUGAAGUGAAAUGUUUGGAAUUUGAGGAGAUUUUAGAAAAUCAAGGACUUUCACCUGAAGAAAUCAAGGCCAAAGUUGAUUCGUAUCGACAAAAAUUAUUGGGCACUGGAAAGACAGAUAUACCAAAAGAUGAAUUUGGUAGAGUAGCUGUCCGUGACACCCAUCAAAUUGCCGAAGCUCAACAGGAGAAAAACGCCAAAUUACGUGAAGCCUUUAACAUAUCUGAGUAUUUUGUUGAAGGUUCCAGCUUUGAUUCGGAUCGUAAAGCCAAAGAAGAUUUAGCUAAAAGUUUAGCUUUACAAAAAGAACUGGACGCUCAACGUGAACAGGCCGCCGCAGCAGCAGCUACUGCUGCCGCAGCUGCUAAAGAAUCAUCGAAACGUUAUGCUUUAGUACGGACACCAUCCAGAGAACGUGAUGUGUCGGCUGGCGGAAAGAGUGGUGGUGAAGGCGGAGCACUUGGUAUUAUAGGUGGUAAUGGAGAUAAUGAUGAGCAUUCCAUUAAAAAGAAGAAAAAGAAACGUACACGUGAAAGCUCCAACAGUCCCGAACGCAAAAAAGAUAAAAAGAAAAAAUCUAAAAAACACAAAAAGGAAAGUAAAUCGAAAAAGAAGAAGUCACGUAAACGUAAAUCCAGUGAAUCGGACAGCGAUGAUGCCGCUGCUGUGGCCGAUGAAAAUGAUUCCUCGGACAGCGAAGCCGAAGUGAAGAAGAGCCGUAAAAAAUCCAAAAAGGAUAAGCUUUCGAAAGGCUCUCUAGUAGUUUUAAAAAGCGUGAGAAAAAGUUGAAGAGGCGAGACAGGUCAACCUCAUCGGAAAAAUCGAGAUCAAA